AUGGUGGUUCGAGUGCUGAACUCAAGCCUUGUGGCCCCGGAGGAGACCCCAAGGCUAUCCAUCUGGCUCUCAACCUUGGAUCUGUUUCAGAUUCGGUCUCACGUUCCCGCCGUCUACUUCUACCGGCCGCCCAUCCAAGGAGACGGCUCCGGUUUCUUCUCCCCGGAGGUGCUUAAAGCUGGCCUGCGCAAAGCGCUGGUGCCGUUGUAUCUCUUCGCCUGCCGGAUCGGAACCGACGAUACUGGCCGGACGGAGAUCGAGUGCAAUGGGAAGGGCGUGCUGUUUGUGGAGGCCAAGGCGGAGGAGCUCACCAUCGACAAGUUCGGCGAUUUCGCACCCUCGCCGGAGUGCAGGCGAAUGCUAAUACCCACUGUAGAUCCUGGUGAAGGGGACGAUGCCAUCCCUCUCCUGCUGCUUCAGGUGACAUAUUUGAAGUGUGGACGGGUGUGCCUGGGGGUCGGCGCGCACCACCUGGUCUCCGACGGCGUCGCCUCCCUUCUCUUCAUCAAUGCAUGGUCCGACAUCACCAGGGGCAUCGAACCCGCGGUGCCGCCCUUCCUCGACCAGUCCCUCCUCCUGCCUCGUUCCCCGCCUUCCGUCCGCUUCCCCCAAAUCGAGUUCAAGCGCUAUGCUGCCGGCAUCCACACCUACGCCGACAUGCCUGCCAUCUCAACCGCCAUUCUCGAGCUCACAGCCGACCAGAUCGCAGCGCUUAAGCGCUCGUGCGCCGCGACGAUGCCCUCGCCCCGGCGCGUCACCACCUACGAGGCGGUGGCCGCGCACGUCUGGCGCCAAGCAUGCAUGGCCCGCCGUCUGGACGCCCACAGCGAGACCAGGGUCUACAUCACGACCGACGCCCGUCGUUGCCAGAGGGCUACAUCGGUAACGUGAUAUUCCCGACCGUGGCGAUCGCGGCGGUCG